ACUUCCUGAUGACUUCAUCACCACUGACACUGCAGUUACCAUUACAGACACCCAUUACCGUGGCUUAAAGAACUCGCAGUUGGCUUUUGCAGCUUCCAGUGGGCUGUCCCAGUCCUUCCCAUGCUGCCUGAUGGGCACAGGGAUGCUUGCCGGAGGUUUUGUGGCUGGACAGGGUAGCAAGUGUGUGCAGGGUGAGAUGCUUGGGGCUCACAGCCUCUUGGGGUUGUGUUUGGUCAGUGAAAAUGCUGAAACAAUGUCUGUUUAACUGCCAAACGGUUCCCUGUCAGUACCAGUGAGAGGCUUCAGCCAGGGGCUGGUUGCCAAUUGUUGGCCUGAAGGAGGUUCAAGAAAGAGGUACGAGGUGUGCUGGGGUGGUUGGAGUUUUCUGGCAGUUUAGGGUGGGGUGGGGAGCACCUGAUGUGUUGGGAGAUUUCCACUUCCCUGUAUCCCCAGGUGUAUUAGGAAUGCUCCUAGGGCUGGCUGCUUUGAAGCAUUUUGUGGAGGUCUUGCUAUCAAAAAUGCCAGUAAACAAAACUCUCUUAUACUUGUUUUGGAGCUUUAGAAAGCAACACCCUUUAUUAGGCCUUGGCAACACGAGGCGUUAUCUCCAUCAAUCGUAGGCAGCGAGACGAGCUGGGAUAGAAUAGAUUUCCCACUUAUGUGCAUAUGUAUAAUUUUUCCCAGAAAUCUUAUGCAUAUUUUAUUACUUUCCAAGGUCUAAUUUUAAUGUUAUGAAACUUCACAACAGUCAAACCCCUUGCUAAUUUGGAGCUGGCUCCAGCUCUCUGCUUGACCUUGGAUUUGACACGGGAAGCUCCAAACAGAGCUGAUUAGAGAAGGAGAGACAUCUGUUCAGCACAAGGUGUUACCUGCAAAGAGUGAAGUGUCUGGAAAACACCUUUUUAAAGAACACACGGUCUGGGAGGGACAUUCUGCCUAACUUUCAAAAAGCGCAACUGUUUGGAUGAAACCGAACUGUACUUUAUCUUAAAUCAAAAUAUUCCACUUUUUGUAAUAGUAACUACUUGUAUCAAGUUUCAUGCUGGGCAGAGCUCAGCCUCUUCAAAGCUGCCCCCUGGCCCUGGAGUUGGCAGGGGGGAGAGGGAAGGCAGCCGGUGCCUGUGGCCCUGCAGCAGGGGCUGUGCACUGGGGCAAACCCCUGCACCAAACCAAGCACUCAGGGAAGUGUUGGUCUGCAUGCAGCCCCCGCCAGUGGCCAAGAGCAUCUGCCAUGUCAGCCCAGGAGUUGGAAGAAGAGCUUUGCAGCAGCCAUGAGCCUGGACAAGUCUUAGCCGAGCUGUCUGCAGCCCUGGAGAACGCGGACAUCAAAAGUUUAGAGUGGUCACAGGAUGGGCGAGAUGUCGUUGUUGACAUUGAACUUUAUGACGAGGAGAUGAGGAAGAACAAAGAGCUCUUCCCAGAGCUGGCAGAUCUUGGCUCUGCGGCGGCACUGCAGGUCUGGCUGCAAGGCUAUGGCUUCAAAGUCACGGGAACAAAGGUCAAAUUGCAGCACCUCGAUUUCCAAAGGCCACAUCCCACUGCUGAGCAGCCAAGUGCCCUCAGAGGCAAUGCUGACACCUCUGACACACAGCAGAAGAAAAAGAAGAGAAAGAUACCUGCAAGGUGCCGGCGCCCCCAGGAAGAGUCCAUGGCCAAGAAAAUGCUGCGACAAUAUCCACGCUUGCGACCCUUGUACGAGUACAGGAACUUCGACAUGCCGGAGCUCAUGCACCCAUCAGCAGAAGAGCAAGUCCCAGAGGUGGCACAGCCAAACGAGGUCCCUGCAGGCCCUGAGAUAGCAACCACUCCACAGCCGCAGGGUACCCAGACCAGCAGCGCUCUGGAGAUCUUAGACUCAGCGGCAAGUAACACACUCGUGCCAAUCGAUAUUGAUGAGAUGAUGAGAUGUGCAGCUCACCAGAUGCCAGCAUUCUUUCCCUGGUAUGAAUAAUCACACAGCUUUCUGCCUCCUGUUUGGCUACAGCAGCCUGACCUGCAGGGCAGUGAUCGUCACCUGGCCCAUACAAACAGCUGUGGGCUCAUUAGGUGUUUUUCUUUCUUGCAGAGAACAUGAUUUGCCUGGAAAAAUGAAACAAAACUAUUUUUCAUUACAAAAUAUACUUGCAUCUUUCUUGGCCUAAGAACACAUGUGCUGUCAUUCCUUCCUCAUGUGUGAAAAGCAGGAGGCCGGGGUUCAGCCUUGAGAGCAGCCGCUGGACAUCACCCUUUGCUGGGGACACUGGGGGGGAUGAUGCAGUGCUGCCUUUCAGUCCAACAGACAGUAGAGCGUGGCCUGGUCCUCCUCUGCGAACAGCACUAACCAGCAGCUGCUCCCACUGCAUCUGUGUUAGACAAACAGGGACUGCAUGAGGGAAUCUAGACUUCACCACAGGGAUCUACCUCAUCCAAAGGGGUCACCAUCCCACUCUGGCUGUGCAGGGCAGCUGGAGGCUGCAGCCAGCCUACAAAAAAACCUGUUUCACCUCUCUGAAUGUUUCUGCGGUCAGGUGUCCUGCUUGCCCCAGUGUCUGGGCAUCCUCCUUCCUUCACUAGCAUUGUCUGGGUCUAUCUUAGAAUCAUAGAAUAGUUUGGGUUGGAAGAGACUUUAAAGAUCAUCCAGUUCCAACCCCCCCGCCAUGGGCAGGGACAUCCCACUAAAUCAGGCUGCCCAAGGGCCAUUCAACCUGGCCUUGAACACCUCCAGGGAUGGGGCAGCCACAGGCUCCCUGGGCAACCUGUGCCAGUGCCUCACCACUCUCAUAGUGAAGAAAUUCUUCCUAAUAUCUAGUCUAAAUCUGCCCCUCUCCAGUUUAUACCCGUUCCCCCUGGUCCUAUCCCCACAAGCCUUUAUGAACAGCCCCUCUCCAGCUUUCCUGCAGCCCCUUCAGGUACUGGAAGGUCACUAUAAGAUCUCCUAUGAGCCUUCUCUUCUCCAGGCUGAACAACCCCAACUCUCAGCCCGUCUUCAUUGGGAAGGUGCUCCAGCCCUCAGAUCAUCUUUGUAACCCUCUUCUGGAUCAGUUCCAACAGCUCCAUCUCCUUCUUACCUUGAUGAUUCCAGAACUAGACAGUAUUCCAGAUGAGGUCUCACAAGAGAGGAAUAAAGGGGCAGAAUCACUUCCCUCACCCUGCUGGCCACACUUAUUUUGAUGCAGCCCAGAAUACGGUUGGCCUUCUGGGCUGCAAGCCCACACCGCUGGCUCAUGUCGAGCUUCUCACCGACCAGCACCCCCACGUCCUUCUCUCAGGGCUGCUCUCAAGCACGUCAUCUCCCACCGUGUACUGAAAACGGGGAUUGCCCCGACCCAGAUGCAGGACCUUACACUUGGCCUUGUUGAACCUAAUGAGGUUCUUAGAGGCCCACUUCUCCAGUCUGUAUCUAGAGAUGUUUUGUGCUUCCUCCUUCUGUAGGAGUUGUACUUUGAGGUUUUCUGCCCUGUAUAAAUGUAAUGACAAAGGCACAAAGGAAGGUUCUCAGUUCAAGAGCAGCUUCAAAACAGAUCCAAAACUGGCAUGAAAAGUCAGAGCUGCUCUAUCUGAAUGAAGGUGGCAACUUCCAGGUGAGCUCAGGAGGCAUCAUCUCACUUGCUUUACGUAGCACACAGGCAUCACAGACAUUAGAGCUAUGGCAGGAACACCAGGCCUCUGCCUGUAAAGGAAAGUUUGCAAACAUGCAGCUUUCACUGCUCCACCUGCUGCAGCUGGGAAUAGUGAAUACAUUCCAAGCAUUUGCUUUCUUCAUCCAGCUCACAGCAGAGAUGAGAUUGCACAGAGCACAGGACCAGCCAUGCUCCUACCCUUUACAAUGGCAUGGCAGUGGACUUGUUUUGUCAGAGUUUAAACGUGUUAACAGUAAAUAAAUAUCCAAAGGUAAAUACCUGAUUUACACACCUCACAAAGAAAGCAGUCCCAUCAGUGCUGCUGGGAUUUUUCUUCUUAGUUGGUGUCUUCCAGCAAGUCCUCUGAUGAGUCAGGUAGGAAAAUAAAUAUCCUGUUAAUCACAAAAGUUGAUAUGUUAAGUCCAAGAUAGGCAAGAGGAUCUCCAAAACCAGCUACUCAACAGCUGUAGUCCGAGGGAAACAGCAAAGAGGUGGGAAACAGAUCUUCUGAUAAAUGGGUGAUGCUUGCUA